CAUUUCCAACACCACAGAGAGAGAGUUUUGGUGGCCAUAUUGUAACCCUAUUUGUUUAUUUUAUCAUAAAAACGGAUCAAAAUCAUAAAAAAGUGUCCUAAAAAAUAUGGAUAACCACCCCGUUUCGACAGAGGGUCCUCAGCAAGAGAGACAUUCCCCGGAAGAACGUAAUGAGGUCACAUCUGUAAUCCCUUACGUACCAGUGAUGACAAUAACCGCAUAUGCUUACGACGAUAUACCGCCACCAAAACCAGAUUUUUCAGCACCACCACCUUAUGAGGCAGCCACAAAAUUGCCAACUUAUGAGGAAGUUCAAAGAGAAAAACAUCUUGAGGGACAAGGAAGUGCUCAAAAUCAACAUGUAACAAGUGAAUUUUUACCAAAUACUCAAAGAACAAUUAUUGGUUUGGACGCAGAAGAAACCGGAGAUGGAGAUACUAGUCUAUUGGGGACUGAUUUUAUGUUUUAUACAGCAUUUUUUGUUGCCUUUAUAUUUAACUGGAUCGGUUUUCUUUUAUUAAUGUGUUUCUGUCACACAAUCGCAUCUCGCUAUGGUGCCCUAUCAGGAUUUGGGUUAUCCCUUGCUAAAUGGACAUUAAUUGUGAAACAUUCAACUGAUUUAGCAUCAAAAGACAAUAGUUGGUUAUGGUGGUUGAUAAUGACUUUUGGAUUAAUAAUUUGUAUCCGAGCCAUUUUACAAUAUUGGAGUAUCAAGAGAGGGUGGAGAAUGUUGACUGCCAGUCAUCAAGAACGUUUAUUAUUUUUUUACUAAAUUUUAAAAGUGAAAAAAUAAAUGGAAGGAGAUCGCAAUAAUAAUAAUAAUAAUGAUAAUAAUCAUUUUUAUUUUUAUCAUUUUUUGUGUAGGUAUGUUUUUCGAGGCUGUGUUAACUUGAUCUUUACACCUCUUUAAAAGUUGACUUUUUUGCAUAAAAGAACCGAGCACCUUCUUUUUGUUGUAAAUUUUUAGGUCUACUUAUUUUAGGAUAUUUUUUUAUUAUUUGUUAUUGCUUAAAUAAGUCAAUUUGUAUAAUAAUCCUGUACAAUGUUGUAUAUUUUUUUACAUUCCCAUUGUAUUUAUUUUUUAUUCACUAGUUAGUAAGUUAUUCUUAGAUUUCUAAAUAAGAGGCGCUUUCUUGCCUCUUUUUAAGCUGUAUAUAUUCAUAUAAUCGUAAAAAAAAUAUAAACAAUAAAAAUAAAUGUAACGAUGA